AUGGACUAUAUUCGAACCCUCACGCAACGGAGUGCCAGUGAGACAAGAGUUGGAGACAGGAAAUCCCUCUCCACCCCACCGUCCCGCCCAAACUCCCCCACAUCGCCCCACUCGCGCUCCAGCCCCAGCACCCCACGACCCCGCACACCGAACACGGACGCCCUGCCCGGCAGCGCCGGCGCCCUCGAAGGCCUACUCAACGCGCGGUCGUCGCAGCUGCAGAAGCUGGCGGACCGCGUCGAGAGCGUGAACGAAUGGCUCGAGAUGGACGGCAUCGUGCUCGCGAAGCUGAUCCACGACAUCGGUGCGCAGGUGGGCAGAGAGGAGGAGGCGGAGCGCGCCGGCAGGGAGGCCGCUGAGCGGGCGUUGGCGCUGUGGAAGGAGAAUAAUCCCUCGACUCCGGCUGCGAGCAAGGGUCCUGUGUCGCCGGGGCAGUAUCGGGGCGUCAAUGCCGGGAGUAGUAGGGUCAGUAGUGGUGAGGGCAGGCCUAGUAGUGGGGAAAGCAGAGUGCCGGAGGUGUUCCUUAAGGGUAUGGAUCUUGGUGGGAAGAGCAAGGAAGAGAGGGUGAAUGAGAAUUGCGGCGUGCGAGAUCUGCGGGAGCGGAUCAAAGGCAUGAAGAAAUGGCGGCGGGAGAUUGAGCGGACUGUGUGCUGGCAGCGAGAGGAGUAUCGGCGUGUUCAGAAGGCGAUCAACAGGCAGAGCAACCAGAGCGAGGAAAGCGGCGUCACGGAGAGAGGUGUCACAAGGAGGGUUGUGCAGUUCGAGGAUGAUGAGAAUGUCGAGGGCAGAGGAAAAGAUAAGGAGGGGGCUGAACCAGUGAAGAUAACUGGUGUGCAUCGCGACGAGGGGUGGGGCGUUGGUGGGCAGACUUGGGAGAAGAAGAGUGGCAAAGUGCCAAGUCAGUCGGAGUGGGAGGAAUUGUUCAGCGAUGGCAGGAUUGGAUGGGAUGAUAAGGGUAUUCGUCGGAGACAUUUAGGAUGUUAA